GAGCUGGUGUACUUAGUUACCGAUGUUUUCUGAAAACUAAGUUGUUUAGCGCAACGUCUCAUUCAUUUGAUUAGCUUCAUGCUAACAAGGAAGCUAGGCGCGUGUGUACGUGACAGAGAGUUUUUUCCGGAGUUCAGCUGACCUUGUCAAAGCUUUACGCUUGAGUUGGUGUCAGUAGGUAGGAAAUAAAGCUGACAGUAAUCCCUGCUGUCCUCGCGUUGUGUUUAUAAGGUUCCGCGCCAGAGCAAACCAAGGGAACAAUGGUGAAAUAUUUUAGCUGCACAGGUGUGCUGAAAAGCACCUGGGACCAAGUUUGCAUCGCUUUCUGGCAGCGUUAUCCCAACCCUUACAGUAACCACGUCUUGACAGAAGACAUCAUUUUCCGGGAGGUUACCCCAAACAACUGUCUAAUUUCCAGACGUCUGAUGACCAAAACCAGCCGCGCUCCACGCUGGAUGGAGCGGUAUCUUCCGAAGCACAUGGCCAGCUCGGCGUACAUCAUUGAGGACUCCAUCGUGGACCCUCAGAAAAAGACUAUGACCACGCUGACGUGGAACAUCAGCCACGCUCGACUUAUGUCAGUGGAGGAGAGGUGUCGGUACCAAAUAAACCCGGAGAAUGGCAGCUGGACUGAGGUUACAAGAGAAGCCUGGAUCUCCUCUGGUGUCUACGGCCUCACCAGAGCUAUCCAGGAAUUCGGUCUGGCCAGGUUCAAGAAAAGCGUCACAAAGACAAUGAAAGGCUUUGAGUAUGUUCUCGCCAAAAUGCAAGGUGAGACUCCAUCAAGAACAUUGGCAGAAACGGCUACGGAGCGAGCGAGAGAGACAGCGCUGGCAGCUAAGGAAAAAGCAAAGGACCUCGCCUCGCACGCUCACAAGAAACAAUACGUAUGAUGAGCCGCGACCUUUGACACUGGGACAGAUUUACCAGCCUCUCAGGGUUAUUAGUAAGAUGGUGGGUGGACCAUGAAAGGCCUGAGCUGGGUUCAGGAGCCUGUUUCAGCCUCCCCGAUAACGACACGCUGACUUCAUGACAUCACUACGUGGUUUUAUUAUUCACUAGGAAAACUGAUUUGGUCCUGGUGCCAUAAGAAUAACCAACGCUGGAAGUGUUCCUUAAACUGUUCCUCAUACCCACCUGCGUCAGACUCUCUAAAGGUCCUCCUGAUUUCUGUUCAUUAGCUGCAGUUUUCAAAAUACCUGAUUAAUGUUUAUUUUUUACUUGUUUUUAAGCCGUUUUGUCUGUUAAUUAUUCUACCGACUGAUCAUCUUAACGGAGGCUCCUUUUUAGUGAUCACAGCUUCAUAACGAGUCCUCACUCCUGCUGCUGUACCAACCAGUGUCUACACCUGAUCUUCACCUUGAUGCAUAAAUCUGAAGGCAACUGGAGCAUCAUGUUCAUUCAAUAAAAUUAAUAAAAUGUCA